AUGCUCUCAAAAAAACGUAGUCAACAGUCAUCAUCUAUUAGUAAGCGUUCGUCAUUAAAACGUACAACUAAUAAUGAUUCAUCAAUUACAUUAACCAAAGACCAAUCAUCAAUAAUAACAAUCCCAAUAUCAUCAACAACAAAUACAUCUAUACAAGUCACAACUCAAAAAUCUUCAAAUUCAAAUACAACAUCAAAUAAUGGAAAUGGUAGCAUACGUCGACGUUUUCUUAAUCUACUUCGUUUUACCGCUAGUCGUCCGUCAACAACAGCAGCUCGUUUUACUCAUCAACAAAACACAUCUACAACAAAUAAUUCUUGUCAAUCUUCAAAACAACAAAUUUAUACCUUAACAUCAUCAUCACCACCAACAAAUGAUAAAAAUUCUAUAAUAUCACUAAAAGAUGAAUUUAUUGAAUCAAUUGUUGCAUCAGCCAAUGAACAUGUUAUUAAUAUACUUCCAUCAUCAACAACAACAACAACUUCAAAUGAUCAUUUACUUGAAACUUGUUUAUUAUGUUAUCAUGAUUAUUCAUCUGAACAAUUUGAACAUUUAACAUUAUGUUCACAUUCAUAUUGUCGAACAUGUUUAAAAAGUUAUUUAAAAUUAGAAAUAACUGAAGGCCGUAUUACACUUAAUUGCCCACAUAAUGAUUGUCCCGAACGUAUACAUCCAAGUGAUAUAUCACGAAUAUUAGAUAAUAAUUCUGAUCUUAUAUCGAAAUAUGAACAAUUUAUGGUACGACGUGUUUUACAAUCUAUAUCUGAUACACGUUGGUGCCCAGCGCCUGAUUGUGGAUUUGCUAUUAUAGCGUCAGGUUAUGCAUCAUGUCCAGAAAUUCAAUGUUUACGACCAGGAUGUAAUACAUCAUUUUGUUAUCAUUGUAAAGCAACAUGGCAUCCAAAUAAAACAUGCGAAGAUGCAGCACGUGAAAAAACAUCAGCUAAACUUCGUUCAGGUUCCUUUAUUAGUCUUGCUUCUGCUCAACAAAAAGAUGAAAUAAAACAAUGUCCGAGAUGUCAAGCAUCAAUACUUAAAAUGGACGAUGGUUCUUGUAAUCAUAUGACUUGUCCUAUAUGUGAAGCUGAAUUUUGUUGGUUAUGUGGUCGAGAAAUAUCUGAUUUACAUUAUCUUAGUCCAUCGGGUUGUACUUUUUGGGGUAGAAAACAAUGGAGUAGAAAAAAAGUUAUUCUUUGGCAAGUAGCUACAUUAAUUGGUGCGCCAGUUAUAAUUGCAUUAAUAGCUGGUGUCGCUAUACCGGGUGUUGUUGUCGGUGUACCUAUAUGGGCUGGUAGAAGAAUAUUUAAAAAAUUUAAUAAUGCUCGACAUAGUAAAACAAAAAGAAAUCUUCUUGUAACGUUAGGUGUUAUGGGAAGUGUAGUAGCUUCACCAAUAAUAGCUACUCUUGCUGUUGGAAUUGGAGUUCCUAUUCUUCUUGCUUACGUUUAUGGAGUUAUUCCAAUAUCAUUAUGUCGUACAGGUGGUUGUGGUGUUGGAACACGAAAUAAUAUUUUAGAUGGUGAUAGUACUAAUAUUGAUAAUUUUUUACCAUUUUCUUUACGUGAAGUUGCUAUUGCAAGAGCUAUUCUUAAUGAUACGCAAAGUGUAAUGACACAUCCCACAAUUGGUGGUGAUUCAACUAGUUUAUCCAAUAGUGUUGCACAUCUUGUUGAUGAUCGUAGUAAUGGAAGUACAAAAGCAUUACCUGGCACAGGUGCAAUAUCACUUUGUGAAAGUUUACCAGCAUCAAAUCGUCUUGAAGUUCAAGCUGAAGUGAGUGAUUGUAAAAGUUUUGAUAUUGAAAGUAUUACAAUCAGUGAAAAAUCUUCUAAAACAAUGGAUAGUCUUAAGGCAUUAGCUGGUUCAAUCAAAGAUGCAUGUACUGUACCUGGUGUUGAAUAUAAUAAUGAUAAUAUUUGUAAUAUAAAUGGAGACCCUACUGGUCGUAAAUCAAGUCUAUUAAGUAGUGCAUCUGAUUAUGCUCGGUCAAUUAAUAUCGAACAACAACAAUCACAUCAUUCAAAUGUUAUUCGUGCUGGUUCACCAUAUAGUGAUAAAACAGUUUCAUUUUUUGAUGAACGUGUAAAAGCAAAAUCUAAAUCAAAAAUAGAUCGUUAUUGA